GGGCGGGGCCCUGGCCCCUGGGCGGAGAUCCGCUGCCGCGUUCCACCCUUCCGGCCCGGUGUUCUAUCCACCGCCUCCACCUUCCAUCCGGCGCCGGCUUUCGGCACGACGGUCGCCGCGUUCCAUCGUCGCGCGGCCCUUCGGGCACCCGAGCCCGCAAUGUCGGGCCCCAACGGGGACCUGGGGAUGCCGGUGGAGGCGGGAGCGGAAGGCGAGGAUGACGGCUUCGGGGAAGCAGGAAUGUGGGCUCUAGCCACUAAGCAGCUGCUGCAGGAAGUGCAGAGACCUGGCACCUGGCAGGACUUCCCAGAAUACGCCGCCAUCAACUCCAUGCUGGACCAGAUCAACUCCUGUCUGGACCACCUGGAGGAGAAGAACGACCACCUCCACGCCCGCCUCCAGGAGCUGCUGGAGUCCAACCGGCAGACACGCCUGGAGUUCCAGCAGCAACUCGGGGAGGACCCCAGCGAUGCCAGCCCCUAGACUCCAAGAGCCCCCAACCGGGCCCCCACCCUGCCUCCCUGGGUUAAGCUCUGGCCUGGGCACUCACCCCCUGGCUUAGACACCUUCUCAAGGGCUGGCCUUCAGGGUCCCUGGGUGGGUCUGCCUGCCUGGUCCACUCUUCUGGCCAUUCCCCCUGGCCUAUCUGGGCCAGCCCCCACUGCCUGGCAUUCCCUCCUGGGGCCAAGAGUGGGCCUGCAACCCACCCACUUGCCUGCCCACCCAACUCCUGGGCACUCCCACUCUGCCCAGGCCUUGAGUGUCCAAAUUAAACGGAUCUCCCACAC